UUUCUAAACCACUUGUAAACCAUUCAGUUUAUUUUACCAUAAAUUUGAACAUUGCGUUCUUUGGUGUCACCCCUGGGUCAAUUAGGGAUGUGUGGUUUGCACACACAGCAAAAAAGGCUGUAAAUGAUCUCACAUAACAGGCUUAUCAUGUGUACAUACCACCUAAGCAGUUUUGUUAAGCAUACAUUGAGAGAACACAACAAACGGAAUCUCUCCAUGUUCUCUCUGGAGGCUGUGCUGAGUGAUAUUCAAGCCAGAAUCAACCAACCUGUCUGCUGCUUCUAUGGGUUCACUUACACAGGAUCUUGGAGGCGGGCGCCAAAUGGGUCGAUGUUGUGUAGCCUAUGACGUCAUAACCGUAGCAAGCUCAGUGGUUUUGACAGCCAAUAAAACGAGCUGAAAGCACUCUAUUCCUCGACAAUCAAACCCGUACAUAACCAAGUAAUGUUCAAGACUGGACAAAGUACAGCAUGUCGGUGACCAAUUCAAGAACAUAGGCGACUUUAUAGAGACCGCGAGGGACAAGAAUGCCGUCGGGUAUACUGUUUGUGGACAUACAUUCUUACUGGCUUGUACCCGAAUUAUCCUCACUUUACAGAUCCCAUGUAUUGGGUGAUAGUGUUCUAGGAACCCUCUGUUGACAGCACGGAACAUUGAAGAACCCCUACCUUGUGUGUUUUCCAACCUGCCUCAUCGUGAACGAGGGACCAAAAGGUGCAAAAGAGGGAUUUUGGUGCCACUCAUCUCAGUAAGAGGCUGUGUCAAAGCCAGCCAGUCAUGAACUGCUUUGGCUCUCCCCCAGGCGAGGACGUUCCCCCACGUUCCAGACGCUCCGCAAACAACAUGGCCGCCAACUCAGCAACACCCCCCUCUGACAGGCGCUUCCUCAUCUUCUUCGACUUUGACGAGACCAUUGUAAAUGAGAGCAGUGAUGAUGUGGUGGUGCAGGCGGCCCCAGGGCAGAACCUCCCUGCCUGGCUGAAGGACACCUACCGACCGGGCCACUACAACGAGUACAUGCAGCGGGUGCUGGCCUACAUGGCAGAGAAGGGCGUGACAGAGAGCGCCAUCCGCUCCGUCAUCGAGAAGAUCCCUGCCUCUCCCGGCAUGCAGGCCCUGUUCCAGUUCCUCCGCAACCGCCCCCCGCAGGACUUUGAGGUGGUUCUGGUGUCUGAUGCCAACACCUUCUUCAUCGAGUCCUGGCUCCGCCGCGUUGGGGCCCGCCAACUCUUCGUCAAGAUCUUCACCAACCCUGCCACCUUCGACAAGGAUGGCCGGCUGGUGCUGCGCCCCUUCCACUCCCACAGCUGCCUGCGCUGCCCGGAGAACAUGUGCAAGCAGGUGAUCUUGAGGGACUAUGUGAUGCGGCGGACGCAGGAGCGUGGGCGGCCGUUCCAGAGGGUAUUCUAUGUGGGCGAUGGAGCCAACGACUUCUGCCCGUCUCUGAUCCUAGGCCCCCGGGACACGGCGUUUGCCCGGCGGGACUACCCCAUGCACCGGCUGAUCACUGAGAUCCACGAGGCAAGGCCGGGGGAGUUCAAGGCUGUUACUGUGCCCUGGGCCAGUGGGGAUGAUGUGGUGGAGCGACUCAGGAAGCACGCAGAGGAGAAAUGAUGAAGCUAGGGGGCGGGGAGAGUACACCGCCUGCUCACACACAUACACAAAUACUCAGACACACACACACACACGGCAAAUCACAUUCCCAGAUCAAAUACCCACAAAACCACAUACUGACACACAGUGAAAAACCACUCUACUCUCAAGAAUAGAGCAUGCCAAUUGAACAGGCUUUUGAUAUAUUGCCUGCACCAGUGUCACACUUCCGCUCAGUCCAUCUGUCUUACUCGGACGCAGCCAUAGAGCUAGAGAUACUGUAGUCUUUCAGUCCACCUCCUUACACUCUAGGCUUAAAGUCAAUCAGAAACACCAACCCAGGAAAAGCAUCCACUCUGUCAGUUAUUACAGAGACCUAUGCCUUAGUUGAUAUCCUACCAAUCAGGGCAGUAUUGUCAAUCUUUUAGAGGGAUUGAUCCUCUUACGCUGGACUGAGAGGGAAAAGGAACAAACAUACAUCAUUGACUGAAUAGGGUGUUCUGCAGUGAUACAUUUAGGACUGAUGUAUUACCUAUAUUCCUUUGUUGACACUAAGCUUUAUUGGUUUAAUACAGUUUUCUUCAAUUGCUAAUAAGCAUCGGUCAAUACUGAAGCCACUUUUUCAAAACUCUUCACACAGUCUGCAUUACCAACAUGCAUCUUGGCCAAACAGUUAAUCUCACCUCAAACAAAAUAAUCUUGUUUGACCAUAACGCUGGCAACAAUUGUCACUCAUAACACACUGACAGGGAGCAUUACAUAAAUGAACUUCUCUUUGAAGUUAAAUGAUUUUCCACAAUCAGUAUUUCAUUAUAUAAUAACACCUUACUUUAUUGACUGUACUAAAGUAUAUUUAACAAGAAUGAAUCAGAAAUGCAGCAAUUUGCUUCAAUAGCCUUUUUUUCCCUAUGUCUUCACAUAUAGUAAUUUACUUGUGAAAAAUAAAGUUGAAGCAAAAAACAAGUUCCUGAAAUUCCAGGGCUGCAAUAAUAAUAAUACAUUUUAAGAAGUAUAGUAUAAUCACUCAUACUGUACAGUACUGUGAGGGUUCUAGUUCUCCCUCUCUCCUGCAUUUGGCCACAAGUUCUCAACAUCACAUCUUAUGUCUUCUCUGGCAAUGCAUCUUGGAAAGUAUCUUCUGGAAUGUCUAAUCCAACCCUUGCAGUCUUCAGGAGAAGAGUCUCCACACCCCGCGUUCAUGGCAUCCAGUAAGGACAUCUGGUCAUGUGGAUGGUGGUCAUAAACCUUCCACCUCCACACAGAGGAAAACUCCUCUAUGGGGUUUAGGAAGGGGGAGUAUGGAGGUAGGAAUAGUAAUAGAUUCAUCCAGAAAAUAAAUGAGCCUCUGUAUUGUAGGGGCCAAUGAGUGGUUUGUGUAACAGCAAACCAUCAUUGGGCAGUGCUGCACACAUUGAUGUUAGCUCCUCUCUGGCCUGGAACAUCCACGGUUGCUGUCUGUCCAAUCACAUUUCUUCCCCCUGCGGCAUGCUUUUGCCAGAUUGAAUCCAGCUUCAUCCACAAAGAUUAAUGUAUGUGCAGUUUGCCUGGCUUCCAUCUCCAUUAAUCUUAACUACAGUAAAUCCACAGUUUUACAGUACUUUACAUUAUGCAUAGCUGUGCAUGUACCCUGUUUGGUUAUUGAACAGACAUCUUACCUGGACAUACUGAUACCGGAGUUCUUUCACAUGUUCACAGUUUCUCUCAAAGGGUACAGUGUACAACUGCUUCAUCCUUAUUUUAUGUUUCUCUUGGACUCCGGCAAUUGUCGUUGUGCUGACCGUAUUCACAUUCCCAAAAGUAAUAUUGUCUGCCAGCACUCUGUCCCAAAUUUCCCACAGUUUUAUUGCAUUGUUGCCAAUCACCAUGUCAACAAUGGCAAUUUCCUGCACAUCUGAAAAUAUUCUGCCUCUCCCUCCUGUGGGAGGCAACCUUUUGGAUCCUACUGAAAAACAAAACAAGUCAAUAUAUGUAAAAAUGUCAGUACAUGUAAAAAUGUGAACAUACUGUUUUACGUAGUUCAAUUAUCAUUGAAGGAUGCACAUCUCACCUGUUGUUUUGCCGGAAAAUUCGUACUAUUGAUGCAACUGUUGAACGCUGCAGAUUUGGUUGCACCCUUAAACCGGCCUCUCUCAAAGAGAGACCAGGGUUUACAACAUAGUCAACAAUUGUGGCCCUUAUCUAAUCAGAGACCACUGCUCUUGGUCUUCCUCUCCUUUGUCCUCCACGCAUUCUCCCUCUCCCUGCCACUCUUCUUUCCCCACCAACCUGUCUUCCUUCAUCCAUGUUUCCAAACUAAACCAUUCCGAAGCCGUCCUCUUUUGUCUGUUUAGUAACGAGACUAAAAACAGGACACUUGGGUAGGCUUUCAGUUGAAAUUGCAAUCAGCUGUGUUGGGAAUGAUUAAAUAUUCUGCUGAGAUGUUCUAUGUUUCAAUCUGGUUCCUGCAGAAAUGCAUAACAUUUGCCAUCAUUCUGUUUUGAAUGUGUUUUAACAGUUUUGGAAACUGUGUUAGCAUUUGAAAACAUGCUGCAAAUAUAUAGUUUUGCAGGUGGUGGAGUAUGAAUGAAUGCAUUUUGUGUGAAAGCAAUGAAAAAUUAUUCACAGUUUGGUCCACAUACACUUCUGUUUUGCUGACUGUGUGAAGAGUUUUGACAAUGCAUGUCAGCAAUUGAAAAAAACUGUAACAGUCAAACUGGGUCAGUAGGGAAGCAGAUCCGGUUAGUUAGUGUCCCGUUCUCUGACUAUAGCCCUCUCCAGUCCACCCAAUGGCAUUGUCGAUGCUAAAUGAAUGGGUGGCUAUUCCAGUGUAAUUCUUAAAUCUCAUAUUAUCAAUAAUAAAUUGUGUUGUUUACUCAUUAACAGUGCUCUUUGUGAAAUAGAGAAUUGACGACUGAUCAGGGAAAAUGUAAUGUGAUAACAUUGCCAUCUACUGGCAGACUUACAGAUUUCAAAUGGAGACCAGUUUUAAAGGAAAAUAAAUUGAAAUGGAACCGAAAAUGUACUGUACCAUAUGACAUAGCUAUAUAACUAAAUAUUGUCGUUUUUAAAACAUAUGUAUUAUUAUUAUUUGUGCAUGUCUGUUUUUAAAUGUACCCCGUACUUGUACCUACAUGUUCCACCACCAGCAGGAAUAUAAAGCCAUGAACUAAA